CGUCCGCAGCCCGCGCCCGAGCGGGGUGUCCCCAACAGCCACCCCGGGAGCGAUGCCCCCCCGUGCCCCGUGUCCCCCCGGGGACCAGGCGAGCAUGGAGAAGUCGAGUAGCGAGGAUUCCUCCAUCCACCGGAGCCCAUCUUUGGACAGCAAGGAUUCGGACUUUGCCAAACCGUCCACCUCGGGCCGCCCGUUCGGCCGUGGCUUCACGGCCGGUGCCUUCUACGGCACGGCCGCUGGCUCCCACCGGGACCGGGGCCAGAGCCAGAACAGGGCCGAGGCCAGCGUGAAGACGGACAAGUACCAUGCCCCGAAAGGCAGCAAGUACGUGGUGUUUUACCUGGAUCUGUCCUUUGUUUUCCUCCUAGAAUUCAAGAAGUGCAACAUGGCCAGGGGUUGCCUCUGCUGCUUGAAGUACAUGAUGUUCCUCUUCAAUUUGAUAUUCUGGCUCUGUGGCUGUGGGCUGCUGGGUGUGGGCAUCUGGCUCUCCGUGUCCCAGGGCAACUUCGCCACCUUCUCCCCGAGUUUCCCUUCGCUGUCUGCCGCCAACCUGGUCAUCGCCAUAGGCACCAUCAUCAUGGUGACCGGCUUCCUGGGCUGCCUUGGGGCCAUCAAAGAAAACAAGUGCCUGCUCCUCAGUUUUUUCAUCGUCCUGCUGGUCAUUCUCCUGGCAGAGCUCAUCUUACUCAUCCUCUUCUUCGUCUACAUGGACACGGUGAACGAGAACGCCAAGAAGGACCUGAAGGAGGGACUGCUCCUGUACAACACUGAGAACAACGUGGGGCUCAAGAAUGCCUGGAACAUCAUUCAAGCUGAGAUGCGCUGCUGCGGUGUCACCCACUACACGGACUGGUACCCGGUGCUGGGCCAGAACAUAGUCCCUGACCGCUGCUGCAUGGAGAACUCCCAAGGCUGUGGGCGCAACUCCACCUUGCUGUGGAAGACGGGCUGCUAUGAGAAAGUGAAGAUAUGGUUCGAAGACAAUAAGCACGUGCUUGGCACCGUGGGAAUGUGCAUCCUCAUUAUGCAGAUUCUGGGCAUGGCCUUCUCCAUGACUCUCUUCCAGCACAUCCACCGGACGGGCAAGAAGUAUGACGCCUGAGUGGGCGGCGAGGCCUCCAGCCCCCUGGGGACUGAGUACCAGCCAGGGACGGACGAUUGGAUUUGAGCUUCGUUUAGCCUUGUCCGCACUCU